UGUUAGCUGGGUCACAUGUCACUGCUGUCUAUAGAGGAAAGAUCACUUCCCUGGAAUGGCUUCACCUACAAGCAUGCUAGCAGAAGAGCAGGUCCACUGCUCCAUCUGCUUGGAUGUUUUCACAAAUCCAGUCUCCAUUCCUUGUGGCCACAAUUUCUGCAUGGCCUGUAUUGGCGGCUAUUGGAAAACCAGUUCUCUUUUCAUGUGCCCCAUGUGCAAGAAAACAUUUUUCAAGCAACCAGACAUCAGCAUCAACACAGUGCUGCGGGAGAUUGCAGAACAGUUUAAGGAUAUGAGAAUCAAGCCUGUACAGCAUGUGCUGGAGAAACCACCAGAAGAGCUAUGCUUAGAAAUACCAGAAUUGAUUCCACCAAGUGGGCCUUUGAUCAAGGGAGUGUGUUGUGAUGUCUGUACUGGCCCUCAGCAACGAGCUGUGAAGUCGUGUCUGGUGUGCCUCACUUCAUACUGCGAGGAACAUCUAAAAACACACAUGGCAAGAUUUACUAAACACAAAUUGAUCGAGCCGGUGCAGAAUCUGGAAGACCGCAUGUGUAAGAAGCAUGAGAGGCUGUUGGAACUGUUCUGUAAGAAAGAUCAGAUUAUGGUGUGUGUGCUUUGCACGGAGAUGGACCACAGGGCACAUUACACCGUUCCAGUCGAACGGGAAUGGAGUGAGAAAAAGGCUCUCCUACGAAAAAAAGAGGCAGAGGUUCAGCAGAUGAUCCAGUUACGACUCAAGAAGGUGGAGGACAUUAAACACUCUAUCGAACUGAAUAAACACAGUGCUCUUAGGGAGAUUGAGGACAGUAUGCAGGUUUUUUCAAACCUGAUCCAGAUGGUUCAAAAAGCCCAGUCUGAGCUUGUUUUUGCCAUAGAAGAGAAGCAGAGAAAAACAGUUAGCUGGGCUCAGGGACUCAUCGAGGAACUAGAACGGGAGAUUUCCAUGCUGAAGGCAAGGAACAAUGAGAUAGAUCAUCUUGCUCACACUGAUGACCAUAUCUUCUUUCUUCAGAAUCUUCCAUUGCUAAUCACACAUCCACAAACAAAAGAUUGGUCCGAGGCUCAUGUUCCCACUGAGCAGUGUCUGGGGACAAUCAGAAGAGCUGUGUCCAAACUGGAAGAAACCCUCACAGAAGAAAUAGACAAAUUGGCAGAAACUGAGCUGAAGAUUGUUCAGAAGUAUUCAAUGGACGUGACACUUGAUCCAGAUACGGCCAAUCCUUGGCUGCAACUGUCAGAGGACAGAAGACAGUUGCGUCACCUGGGGACAUGGCAAGACCUACCUGACACACCAGAACGUUUUGACACAGUGGUCAUUACUCUGGGUCGUGAAGGUUUUACCUCUGGCCGCCAUUACUGGGAAGUCGAAGUGGGUGAAAAAGAUGACUGGUACCUGGGUGUCACCAGAGCAUCUGUCAACAGGAAAGGACGCAUUGCUAUAAGCACGACUCAGGGCUACUGGGCAUUGGCUAUGAAGAAAGGGCAAGAGUACAAAGUCUCCUCCUCCCCACCUUUUAAUCUUUCUAUAAAGCCCAAACUGAAGAGAGUGGGUGUGUAUGUGGACUUUGAAGAAGGACAGGUGUCAUUUUAUGAUGCACUUUCACGAAGUCACAUCUUUACAUUCAUGGACUCAUUCCAAGAGAAAUUGUAUCCGUUCUUCUACCUUUACUGCUGUGACAAGGCUUCAGAUAUACUGAGCAUCUGUCCGAUAAUGGAGAUACUACAGAACAAACAGUGCUGAACAUUUUUUAAGGGCAGUUUAAAAUGGAUUUGAAUGAAGACCUGCUCAUUGUUUGUGUUAUGAAACAGUUGUUUUGUUGUUUUAACUGACACCUAGUGGCUGAAGUGUAUGAAGCAUCAACAUCGCCCCCAGUGUUAUUAGGAUGUAAUUGCUGUGCUUCAAAGUCAAUGACUUAGAGUAGUAACUGAUAAUCAGGUUUUUGCUUUUAAACUUAUUAUAAGAAUAAGAAAUGUCUUAAAUGAACUGUUUCCAUAGUGUAACUGUUUAAGGUCUAUGGUUUCAAAGGUUUUAAAACAUGGCUAAUAAAUAAAAAAUGAAUAAUUUACAGAAUUUAUCUAAACUAUUUUAUUAUUAUUAUUAUAAAUUAUUGAUUUGAGGCAAAUAAAUGGAUUAUAUCAAUAAAUCAAAUUGUGCUGCAAU